AUGAACGACACCGACGCUCCGCCGCGUGCGCGUCAGCACGUGGCCCACACGACAGCGAGUGCGACAGAACAGCACGACGCGGACGAUCACUCGCGUCUGUUUGUUGUGUGCGGUCGCGCGUGUACAGUGGACGAGUUGCGCGCGCUGUUCUCAACGUGCGGUCUUAUCAAACACCUGCACUUGGCGCUGGAUCGAAGUAAAAAGUCGCGGGGGUUUGCGUUUCUACAGUACGAAGAUCCGGCCAAUGCAUUUGCCGCGAUAGAUACUCUGGACCGCGUGAAGCUGGACGACGGGCACGUUCUCAAGGUGACAGUCGCCAAAGAACGAACAGUGAGCGGUAACGGCAAAGUAAAGCGCGACCAGCACGCACGAAUCGAUUCGGAUGAGAAGACAGAAGGCGAUGGACAACAAGAUGACGGUAGUAUUGAGACGAGACUGCCUGGGAAGCGACAGCGGUCGAGUCCACCCGUUGUAGCGCUUCCAUUGAGAUCGAGUCGUGCCACGCCAGCAUUUUUGCUGGAAAAUCACCGACUUGAACAAGGCCAAGCUGACGCUGUCGAUACGACAAGCUGGAAGACCGAGACGAGCUUGGCGAGUCAGGUGCGUUUGCCGUCUGCAGAUGCUCGUGAGGACGGGUUGGCAAAGUCUAGAGAAGAUCAGAUGCAAUUGGAGCAAGUGAUGCAUGCAAUGCUUCUCGCAGUAGAGAAAAAUGAGGUGCACGACGAAGCAAGCGGUGAUCUGCUUGCUGUGUACCAGCGAGUGGGAUUGACACUUGACCAAGUAAGGCGGCAAACGAGCGAUGAAAGCUGUAAGGGUGUACUGCCCGGAUUAAACGAAGCUUCUGACGAAGGGAAAAGCACAGACUCGUUGACACCCGGUGUCCAGUUGUUGUCGAUCGUACGGACACCGACGGCAAUUGGGAAGUUUUCGUCUGACGCGCUGCAAGGUGUGGAUGGAGUGGCAACAGGAAGUAGUGGAGCUACACCGCUCCGUCACGUAAAGCAGCCUCUCCGCCGGCGUCGACAAAGUCUGGAUAUCAGUGGAUCUAGUACAGAAGGCGCGUCUGAUGGCAGCGGAUACCGCCGCAAACGGAGCAAUACAACGGCAUCGCCCUCGCCAUCUCAAAGAGCCCGUGUACGUGUGAAGUCCAAGCCGUUGUCUCCACCGAAAAACCCCUGCGACCGCAGUGACGAUGCUUUGUCGCCUGAUGCAACGAAUGCCAAAGUGGCAUCGAAGAAGCUGUGUAAACGGCAGUCGUCGGAGAACGGAACUGAAGAAUUACACCGGUCAGCAAAGCAGCGAGCAACUGAUAAUAGACGUGACCAUGACGGUGUCUUGGUCGAUCCGAGACAGGAUUGGCCCGCUAUAACCGAUGACGCAGAUAAGAGCUGUGGACAUGAUCAUGGCAUAAAGCUCGAGGUCGAAUCGGAGCUAGCUGAGCCAGUACACAGCAAGCUCUUUUUCACGUCGACGUACAAGUUCACGGAGCAAGAGGUAGAAGCGAUGUUUAGCGUGUAUGGUGAUUUCGAAUCGGCAGAGCUUGUCCGAAGCUUUGGCCGCGUGAAAACCAUGGCUUACAUCCGUUAUUCCACGCCCAGUACUGCAGCGUUCGUUGUCAAAUCGUUCAGGGAAGAAUCGUCGCAAGGCGACGAAGACCCGGAGCAGUCCGAGUUCAUGGCGCUAUCGUUUGCACACGACACUGGCUUGCAGCAGCGCGAGAAACCAGCGCAAUGUCACGCUGAGACGGCGUUGAAGUGCUCGUCUAUCUUGCACUCGGGCCAUCCUUUGGCAAAUAAGCCUACGCCAUCUAUAUCGACAAGCGUCGUAUCAGUGGGAAACGAUCGCCUCUGGCUCUUAUUAACGUACGACCGUUUUUUGGCGACACACAUACUUUCGUCGGUAGUGUCGUCACUAUCAGGAAUGGAGUUUAUGGAUAUCAAGGUCGUCAAGAGCACAGGCGAAGCGCAGGGGGUGGCUUUCGUGAAGUUCGACAGUGAUGCGAAUGCUACGCGGGCGGCGCAUCAACUCCAUCAGCUCGAGUUGCCGCUUGGUUCAGGCAAGUUCUUACAGGCAAUUGUAGUCCUGGCACCGAAUUUGUUUAGCACAAUUCACGAAAGCAAAUCGAGCAGUACUCAGCGUCUCGGCCACACUGUAGCUGAACGAGCUGUGCCAGGGUCAUCUGAAGAUACAGAUUUGCGCGUUGUUGAAGCACGCUUUGCGCAUUUGAUGCGAAGCACUGAGCAUUCGUGCACGAGGGAAGGUCAGUCUUUCCGCCACUGUUCGCGCCUCGCUUCUCCUGGAGAAGCUGGAAUGGGAACUCAGCAAUCGCCGAUGGCAGGAGACGCGUAUCGGCAUUCGAGCGGACUUCAUUCGAGUUCGUCCGCAGGUGUGGAAUACCGUCCGAUGCAGCUCAUGGCGUAUCCUCCUCUUCCACCCUCGCAUCAGUAUCUUCGCCCCUAUGCUAGCUCGGGUCCAGGACACUUGCAACAACUGCUCCAGCAUCACGGCUUUGGAGGAAAUGCACCUGGAUGGAUGGAAACGACACCUUACUAUCAAGACGGGAGCCAGCAAUAUCCCUUCUCGUGCGCACCGGGUCAAGCGCUGACAUUUCCCGUCACUUCUACCAGCAGCAACUUGAGACGUACAGGGGGCCCUGGUACUACCUCCUACAAACCGCGCUCCUUGCGGGCCUUGUCAGAGCAAGUGGAUGUUGAAGGUACCAGUAGCAAAUGCGGCAACUAUACAUCCAGAUCCAUCCACGUAUCGACCAGUGAGCCGUUGGAGCUUGUUUCGUUAGUCAAUGCACUACAAGAGUGCCCCGGGGUGGUGUCGUUUGCCAAGAGCGGAGGCGCUGAAUCCGACCGGACAAGUUAUACGGUGGAUUUCUCGAACGAGACGCAGGCGUCGGAGGCCCUGCGCAAGUUGGACGGCACAUUGUGUAGCGGCCAGAAGCUUCGGGUUGCGAAAAACACGUCAACGAGACAGCGAGGAAGUGGUGCUGGAGGUAAGACUCGCUCCGGUGCUGGACGUCGGAAGCGGCAACGGGUGGACCUGCGAAAUCGCAAGUGA